AUGGCUCUUCAUCUCUCCCUCCUCCUCCUCCUCCUCCUCUUCCUCAUCCUCUACAGAGUCUCAGCAGGUAUGUAUGUGUCUGUGCAGGCCGGAGGCUCCAUUACCAUCCCAUGUCACUAUGAUCAGUAUUACAUAAAUCAUGUGAAAUACUGGUGUAAAGGGUAUGAUUGGAAUAGUUGCUCCUCUCUAGUACGCAGUGACCAUCCUAAGAGCAGUGGUAAUGCCUCAAUCUCUGAUGACAUCAACCAGAGAGUCUUCACUGUGACCAUGACUGAUCUGGAGCAAGAGGACUCUAUGACUUACAGGUGUGUUGUGGAGAUCAAUGGAGGAUCAGAUAUCAUGAUACAAUGGUUCUACCUAUAUGUCACUCCAGGUACUCCAGGACUCUAUGUGGACCAACAGGAAGUGACUGGAGUUGAAGGAGGGAGUGUCACUGUCCGUUGUUACUAUAGUAACUCCGGAGAUAUAAAGUGGUGCAGGAUGGGUGGUGAUUGUGUGUCGUAUUCUGGGACUUUACAUGGAACAUCAGUGACAUUAAAGGAUAUCAGUCUGGCCAACAACAGAACAGUCUCAACAGUGACUAUGAGUGGACUGAAGAUGGAGAACACUGACUGGUAUUGGUGUGAAGUGGGAGAACUAGAGAUGCCUGUUCACAUCACUGUCAGUCAACAUACUGCAACACAAAUCAUCACUGCUAUCAGUAAGUACAUUAUGUUUGGGUCACAAAAAUAG